GUGCGCGGUAGCACUCGUUUCCUGAAAUUCUGCGGCAAAUCGUACUGAUGCCUGAACUUAACUGACUUCCCCCGCUAAAUAUCCGCGUUCUGUCGGCAGCGAAUUUCAAAAUGCCUUUCGGACCAACGCAGAAAUUCCCCUGUCCCAAGUGCCACAAAAAUGUCUAUGCGGCCGAAGAGAUGCUGGCAGCAGGUGCGAAGUUCCACAAGUCGUGUUUCAAAUGCGGACUGUGCAACAAGAAGCUAGACUCGACGAAUGUUGGAGACCACGGCGGAGACAUUUUCUGUAAGCAGUGCUAUGGGAGGAAAUUCGGACCGAAAGGUUACGGAUUCGGCGGUGGAGCCGGCUGCUUGAGCAUGGAUAAGGGUGAACAUCUGGGAAACAAAGAAACCCAGAUGGACAACAAACCUCUGGACGGCACAUACAAUUGAUCGGCGUCGAAUGCGUAUCGUUUCCUAGUCUAUACCCCACGUCAGAAUGCUGAGAGUAAUGUUGAAAAUAUCAGGGCGUAUGCCGCGUUAUUCAUAGAUUUCUCAUCGAGAACUCUUUUUAUAUUCAGACGGCAAUCCCGCUAAGGUGCCCGAAACUCCCUUCAUUGCGAUUCCCUAUUUUUGCAUGAAUUAGAAAUGUUCCGAUACACAGCGAGCGCGGACCCGAAGGCAUAGUUCGAUCGAAUUGUCUCAAGAAUCGGUUUUGUGUUAGCAACUAGCCCGAGGGAAGUCUGCUCGCCCGGUUCCGUGGACAAAACUUUUCCUCAAUGUCCCUGUCUAUUUUGGGCGUAGCAUAUGCGGAGGAAAAUGGAGGAGAA